AUGAACAGGGAGUUUCUUGGAGAAAUCAUAGAGGUCAAUGAGAAGUUUGCUGAAGCUUACAGUGAAGCUGCAACCAAAGAGAUCAAAGCCUUUGUUAGAGCUAAGCAAAAAGAAUUGACUGAAGAUUUGAGUAAGUCUUCCAAAUAAAGUGAUCUUCAAGCCAAGGAACUUUUAGGAAAAAUGAAAUAUUUUGCAAAUUUAGAUAAAAAAGUAAAAAUAAAGAAGGCAUCAUCCUAA